AUGACUGGAGAUGUGGUUGCGGGUCCUGUUCGGCACAACGUUGAGGAGAUAGGACGGCACCAGGCGAACUGGAACCUGGGCGAUCGUGCUGAAACAUGCCCCGUCGAGGAAGGCUUGUACGUUCAGGUGACCACCCAGGCCUUGCCAAGAGAGGUCGUGAACGUUUCGAUCCCAAAGUACUUUCGCACGGAGGACAAUAGACAGUGGAGAAGAAAUGGAGGUGGCUCAUGGAGGUUAAUGGCAUGCAGUGAACGUUUGCUUUCGAGCGAAGAGGGAGCACAACUCACUCAGCGCUCGUCACUUCUCAUCAUCCCGUCGGAACUUCGUUGGUUGUUCAGGCUUGUGCCGAACAAUCAGCCGUACCAGCACGGGAAGUCAUGCCAUGCGAACUUGUAUGCAGAGAGGUUCUGCACAUGGCCGGGUUGUGGACAAGGACCCUCUUUGUUGGCUCCUCAUUCGGGCCGAGAAUCGAGGCCAGGAAGAGUUGUAGAGUGGUCCAGACCUCCCGCUUCCGGCCGAGAAUCGGAGUCUGCAAGACGCUGCAAGACAACCGCGGGAUCCAAUCCAUGGUCUCGAGCAGGGCCCUUGCUCCAGCAGUCCGGCGUCCUUCGGCUCCUCCCAACCGUGCAUGUUUCGAGCUGGAGCCAAGCUGGCUCAUCAGCCAUGAAAAGCUCCAGGCUUUCAAGGCGUUUUCUUAGUGCUUGUGAAAACGCCAUUUGGCAAAGAUCGCGCAUCGUUCCUGUCUUGCGCAGCCAUCCCACAGUGGACAUGAUCUCGAGCCAAGUCUGGCAAAAUUCUUGGGCAUCUUUUGGCUUGCCCUCCGCCAUCCCUGAAGGCCCCAGAUCCUUGAGCCAGGAAAGGAUGGCCCAUCCUUCCUUCUUUGCCCCUCGUCUUUCCGCUCCGGUCGGGGUCUAG